CGGGAUUGGAGAGUGCGGGGGGCGACAAAGGGUUCCCAGCGAGACCAAAAUUUCUCGGUCGAGAUCCCCGGCCCUUCGCGUCUUUCGCUAUUUUUCCUGAGUUUUCGUGAGGGUCGUGACUCUCGGCGUCCUUCGCGCAUCUGCAAAUCGCCAGCUGCGUUCCGUGACAGUUGUGGAGAGCGCCUUUCGCGCCGUCGCGGGUGUCUCAACUUUCGCCAGUCAACUCUGCAGCUCGUCCCCGAACCCUCUUGGUUUGUUCACCUUUGGCGCGGCCCUUCUUCUCUUUCGCGGCACGGCUUCGCUCUUUCUUCUUGUCCGUUCGGAGGACUUUUCACACUCGUCAAAAUGGCGUCGAUGGCGGCGGGAGCCUCCCUCGCGUAUCGAGCGAGCUACUGCUCGGGCGCGAAAGCCCGGUCCAUUUCCUCGUUCACCUCUCUGGGGCGUGCCUGUGUAGAAACCCAGAUGACCCCGGCUGCAGCCGCGUCUCUCCGCCCGUCUCGUUUCCUGUUUUCUUCUCUGGCUCAAAAUGCAAAAUCCUCCUCCCCCUUCUCCGCCGGCAAGCUCCGCUCCGGCAUGAACACCACCUAUGAGCGCACUGCCGUUCUCUCGUCUUUCUCCCGGUACCUCAGCACGUCGGCUCCACGCAUGAACGGCAAGGCUCGCGGCGACGUCGUAGGCAUCGAUUUGGGGACGACGAACUCGUGCGUCGCGGUCAUGGAGGGGUCUCAGCCGAAGGUGAUUGAGAACUCAGAAGGCAUGCGGACGACGCCUUCGAUCGUCGCCUUCACAUCCGACGGACAGAGACUGGUCGGCAUUGUUGCGAAGCGCCAGGCCGUGACCAAUCCGGAGAACACAGUGUUUGCGACCAAGCGUCUGAUUGGCCGGCGCUACGACGAAGACGCGAUCAAGAAGGAGAAGGAAAUCCUCCCGUACAAGAUCGUGCGCGCAAGCAACGGAGACGCCUGGGUCGAGGCGCAGGGCAAAUCGUACUCGCCGAGUCAAAUCAGCGCCUUCAUCUUGACCAAAAUGAAGGAAACUGCGGAGGCUUACAUCGGCCGUCCAGUCAAACAGGCUGUCAUCACUGUCCCCGCCUACUUCAACGACUCUCAGAGACAAGCUACGAAGGACGCCGGAAAAAUUGCUGGCCUGGAGGUUCUCCGAAUCAUCAACGAGCCGACGGCGGCGGCCCUGGCGUUUGGAAUGGACAAGGAUGACGGCAAGACGAUUGCGGUGUACGACCUGGGCGGCGGCACCUUCGACAUUUCGAUUUUGGAGAUUCUCGGGGGUGUAUUUGAGGUGAAGGCGACGAACGGGAACACAUCGCUGGGUGGCGAGGACUUCGACCAGAAGAUUCUGCAGCACUUGAUCGACGAGUUCAAGAAGGCGCAGGGGAUCGACCUGACGAAGGACAAGCUCGCGCUGCAGCGUCUCCGCGAGGCAGCCGAGACGGCGAAGAUCGAGCUGUCGAGCAAAGUCCAGACGGAGGUGAAUCUCCCCUUCAUCACUGCGGACCAGACGGGACCGAAGCACCUUCAGGUGAAGCUGACUCGCGCGAAACUCGAGGAACUCGUGGGUGGCCUUCUCCAGCAGUCCGUGGAGCCUUGCGAGAAGUGUAUCAAGGACGCGGGCGUCUCGAAGAGCGACUUGUCGGACGUCAUUCUCGUUGGAGGCAUGACGCGCAUGCCCAAGGUUACUGAGCUGGUCAAGCAGAUCUUCGGAAAAGAGCCGAGCAAGGGUGUGAACCCCGACGAAGCGGUGGCGAUGGGAGCGGCCAUCCAGGCGGGCGUUCUCAAGGGGGAGAUCAAGGACCUGCUUCUCCUCGACGUCUGUCCCCUGUCCCUUGGAAUCGAGACGCUCGGUGGCGUCUUCACGCGCCUCAUCAACCGAAACACGACCAUCCCGACCAAGAAGAGCCAGGUCUUCUCCACCGCUGCCGACAAUCAAACGCAGGUCGGCAUCAAGGUGUACCAAGGCGAGCGCGAAAUAGCUGCGGCGAACAAGAUGCUGGGCCAGUUCGACCUGGUUGGCAUUCCUCCGGCUCCGAGAGGCGUUCCGCAGAUCGAAGUUACUUUCGACGUAGAUGCGAACGGUAUCAUGAACAUCAGCGCCGUCGACAAGAGCACUGGCAAGCGACAGGAAAUCACGAUUCAGUCGAGCGGCGGCUUGUCCGACUCACAAAUUGAGCAGAUGGUCAAGGACGCCGAGAUGUACAAGGAGCAAGACGAGAAGAAGAAGGACGCUGUGCAGGCGAAGAAUGAGGCAGAAACGCUAAUCUACUCUGUUGAAAAGCAAAUGGCGGACCUAAAGGACAAGAUGACUGACGCCGACAGAACGGAUCUGCAAGAGAAAAUCACUCAACUGCGGUCGACUCUCGGCCAGGAGGACCCCGAGCCGAUCCGUGAGGCUCUCAAGACCCUGCAGGAAGCUUCUUGGAAGAUUUCUCAGCAAGCGUACAACCAGGCCGGAUCGACGGACUCGAGUGCCGGUAGCGAGGGCACCGGUAGCGAGAGCGGCGACAAGAAGAGCUCGUAAAGAAGCGCGCUUUUGAAGUUCCGUCAGUUUGCUCCGUUUACACGGGAAGGGUCUCUUUUUUUCUUGGAAAGGGCGCGCAGCGGCAACAUGUGUGUCUGUGGAGGUGCAGCGAAGUACCAAGGCGUCCAUUCGGGACAGAUGCUGGCGGCCUACGCGCACCACAGACGACUUAGCCAGUUUGAUGCGCCUCAAAAAGACAAUGAUUUUGCCGCAGUUCUUCCACACUCUGUUUGCCACUGUCCGGUAAAUCCCCGGUGUCUGCGGGUCAAGCAGAGCGGUUUUGCUUCCGUGCGCGUCGUCGCGAACAUCAAAGACUGACACCAAGGGCGCCUCGCGGCGUCCCGCGUAUUCUCUCGAUGUAUGUUCUGUGUCUAGCUGCAUCCGCUGUGGGUUACCGUACCUUUUGUCGGACGCGGAAAUCCGGAUUUUCUAUCGCAAGCGCGCCUCACCGCCGGCGAUGCCGCGUUCCAGCCUCUCCCGUGUGGGGGGGGGGGGCAGGUAUCCUCUGAAGCGGCGAAGGCUCUCGGUGCGAGGCGAGGCAGUCGACUGCGUGGCCAGGCCACUUCGCUUCCGCUGCACUUGCGUGCGCGAGCCCACUGUCCCGUCCGUGUCUUCUUCGUGCGGCACCUUUGGGUUGGAAGCUGGCGCGGAGAGUUUUGUGUUCUGGUUUCUCGAGGAAGCAAAGGCCAGGUGAGGGUGCCAGCAUCUCAAGGAAGAAAGCCACCGCGGGAAACUGCUGGGCCUUCGUUCACUCGGAGGAUGAUUCAGACGGAGGGAAAUCGUCCGGCUACGGACAAGCAGGCGAAGAAAGAUGGACAGCAGGGGUGGAGGCCGGGUCGCCUGGAAGACUUAGCUGCAAAGAACCCCGCGAAGAAACAAGAACUUCGCUAAGUGCUGUAGUGGCGUAAACAGAGUCGACGGACCCGAGGACGCUUGCGCGUUUCUGGAGGAAAUCUGUAGAUGUGCGUUUGUGUCAGGUAGUGUAGAUUCUUAGUGUUUUUCGUCGAGAGCGGUGCAUAGGCUUUGCACAGUGAAUGCUGUAAAUCUUGCCGUACUCCGGACCUUUUCUGUUUUCCGUGGAGCGCUUUUUCGUUUCUGCCUCUCUACCAGAAACUCAACUGCGAUUCUUCGAUUCUUUCUCGCAAGGCCGGUUCGACCGUCAGCCGCGACACACAACGCACCGAUCUGGAGGUUGCGCUGCUCGUCGGUUGCAGCAUCUCACUAGGCGUAUCAUCGCAUAAUCUGGCCACA